AUGGGGAAAAACGAAAAGGAGGAGGCCCCCAUUGAUAAGCGCAUGCAGUGGCUUGAGCAGCGCAUUAUUACGGCGAUCAAGGCAAAACCAGUGGACACAAGAAAGCUUCUUGAUAACGAGGACAGUAGAGCACAAAUCAGUGAGUUUCUCGACACGGCAGAUGCUCGUCAUCUCUAUGUAUACCAGAUGCCUAGCGGAACACUUACUGCUCGCAUUGACCCUCCUGAGGAACUCCGGAAGAAGGGCAUUUACUUCACCAAAACUAAGCGUGAAAGGAUAAACGACGAUCAGCAUAUGAAGACGACGGUGGUGUUUGGGGACCUGUCUCCUGAUACACUCUCUGGACUGAACGCCAUGACGCGAAACGUGUAUGCACAGCUUAUUAAACGUGAAAAGAAAAAUGUGAGUCAGGUUCCUGAUGUGUCGGUGGCGGAGCUUAUGGAUGACACAAAUGGAUUGCUGGCACAGAUGUUGGUGACACUGGGCCUUAGUCAAGGUAAAACACUACUUCCGCUGCCUCCGGUGCAAUUACCAUCUAGAGUUAGUGAUGGCCCUUUUGAGGCGGAAUUCAUUUAUUGCCUGGAGAGCUCCAUCAUGGCCUGGACGACUCAGAUUCGUGCGGCGAUUAGUUCCUCACCAGAGGAGAUGACAGAAAGCAAUGCAAUAAAAGACAUGCCCCCUGGACCUUUGGAUGAAAUUGCCUUUUGGAAGAGUAAAGCGGAGAAUUUGGCCAACUUGGAAGAACAGCUGUACUCUGUAAGAGCAAUAAAAAUUUUUGUCAUUCUCCAAAAAGCUGAAAGCAGUUACUACGGUCCCUUUGCUCAGCUUAUAGAUGAACUGAAGGAGGCUGCUGCAGAAGCCCGGGACAACUACCGCUUUCUUAAGCCAAUUGAACCAGAGUUUGAGGCCAUGUGCCCUUCAUUUCCUGGUCACGUGGAGUUUACACAGUUAGCUUCAGGUGGAACUUUUAAGAGACUUUUUCACUACUUGUAUCUUCUUUGGACUCAAUCCGGCUUCUACAAUACACCAAUGCGUCUGGUUGUCCUCCUUCGCUUCAUAUGCAAUGACCUUAUUGGGAUGGCGGCAGAACACGUGAACAUCGAGGAAUUUUCCAAAAAUGUGGAAAAAAAGGAUGCGUUAACACGCCUGGGAGAAACGCUCGCGGUCUGUGGUCAGUUUAAGGCCGCAUAUUUCCACCACAAGGCUUAUGCAUCUACAUUGGCACGUCCCUGGAAGUUCCAAAAUACAGCAUUUUUCUCUCGGUUGGAUGUGUUUCUGGAGCGUUGUCACGAUAUCCUGGAUGCCAUGGAGGUUGCCGUGUUGUUUGACAGGAUGGAAAACAUUAAAGUGGGGGGUACUAAAAGUCAGAUGCACACCAAAAAGGCUGAAGAAAUUAAGGUUGAAUUUGAUGAGGCGUACAUGAAGUUUUUUGGUGUGGAGUACGACCUGCUUGACGUGGAUGAUCCUCACUUUGACGCGGAUUACGCUCACUUUCGAGCCACGAUUCGAGAGCUUGAACGGCGCCUGGGCGCCAUUCUCGUGACGACGAUUGACGAAGCCAAAGCGAUUUCCGAGGUAUUUAAAGCGGUGGAUACAUUUGACGGUUUUACAGAUCACGCGGUCCUUCAGUUGGAAUGGUCCAAAAAGCAAAAAACCGUCUUGGAGGCCUUUAGGGAGGAUCUUCUUUCAGUUCAAGAGGUGUUUUACCAAGGUGAAUCAACAGUGUCCUACCCAAACAUACCACCACUUGCAGCGGCAGUUGUGAGGUGCAGCGCGUUGUUGGCUCGAAUUAACGAGUCUCACAGCCGCGUUAUUGAGCUUUCCCAGGCUCUGCUUGACAGUGAAUUUGGCAAAGAGACAAUGAAGUUGUAUGAGAAGUUGUCUUUUGCGCUCAGCAACACGAUUCGAGAAAAGUACGAGGCAUGGUGUACGGAUGUUGGCUCAAUCAGUGUUGACAAGCUGAAGUUGCCGCUUUUGGUAAUGGAUGAAAAUAACAAUUUAAAGGUCAAUUUUGACCCUGCGCUUGUGAAAACGCUGCGAGAGGUGUACUACCUGGAGGUGAUGAACUCUUUUGACUCACGUGAUUACCAAAAGCUGGAGGUCCCUGCGGAUGUUCAGGCGGUGUUUGAAAAGCGGGAAACCUACCGUUCCCAGACGAUGAAACUCGAAUAUGUAAGUUCCACCUUCAAUAGUUUUAUGAGUACGCUGCGCUGGGAAGAUGAAAGGCCUCUCCUACAGGAAGAGAUAGAUGGCUUUGAAAACAUCAUUCAGCGUGGCACGAAUCAGGUUCGUUGGCAAGAUAGCGAUGAUGUUGACUCCUUUAUUGAGGUGGCACUUCAAAAGGUUAAUGCCAUUAAUUGUGUUGUCAUGGCAUUUCACACAAAUCUUCAGCGGAUGGUGGACCUCCUAGAGGAACACCGCAAGGACGACAAAUUUUUCCCUCUCAACCGUGCUGACGGCGCAAAGACGCUGACCGCGCAUGAAUUGUGGAAGAGCCUCGAUGAACACAUCAAGCAUAGACACUGUGACAUUGAAGAACGUGGAAAACAGAUUCAUGCCCUUCUACAUGAUAGUUUUUUGGCUGUAAAUGCCCUUAAGCAGAGUGAGGGGGCUCCACCCAUCACUGAGGACUGUGAGGCGUGGGUGGCGUACGUCAACUACGUGGACGCAACUUUGAAGAAGGUGAUUAUCAACUCUGCUCUCUACUCAUUGAAUUGUUUGCGGAAUCAGGUUGAUCCGGAGUGGAUUGCGGACAAUGAAGGCAUCCCGCUUCUGGAGGUGAGGUUGUGCCUGACGAAGCCGACCGCAGGUGUUACACCAUGUUCUCGCUAUGAACCACACAUAAGAGGCGCAACGGAAACGGAGCAUUCCGUGCACAGGCUUAUCAACACUGCCAUUUCCAACAUUGAGUCGGCGGCAGGGUUGAUAAAACCUCUUAUCGAGGGACAAAGCUAUGCCACCGAGGUAAGUAACAGUGAUGAGGUGAAACGUGUUAAGUGUGAAAUUGAAGCUCUAGCUUCUCAGAAUUACGAGGAGUGCGAGGAGUACCGUCACACCUUUGACGAAUUUAGGCACCUGUGGGAAACAGACCGAAAGAAGGCCUUUACUGCAUUUCUGGAAAAGGGUAAAGUCGUCAGGCGACGCACCAGCUACACAGAAGAGGACAUUGCGAAAGAGCCUCCCCCAACGACGAGUGGUGAGUAUUUUGGUGUCAGCUUGCAAGAGUUUGAUCGGUCUAUUACGGACUACGAGCGUAUCAGCGCACGAAUUAACAAUACAGAGGAACGACACAUCGUGAGUUUUGUCUCCAUCGAUGUCAAACCUCUUCGUGCAGCGUUGCGGGACAUUUCCAAGAAGUGGAAGGAUAUGUUUUCGGAGUACUUGAUGAACAAAAUAUCCACAGACUUGGAGGGUCUUUACAAGUUUAUGAAUGAGGCAGAUCAAGGGCUGGAUAUCGAGGUGCUUGACGGGAAUAUCGAGUCUCUUAAGUGUGUGAUGCGAUGGAUUAGAGAUUGUCGUCGCAGGAACAAGGUGGUGAUGGGCGAAGAUGAAAAUAGUGAAACAGGUGGAAUGUUCCCUCCCAUUCAGGCUGCCAUUCGCAUGCUGAAGAGUCAUGCAAACGCGUCAUCUUCGUUAGAGGUGGAACUGGCAAAGAUUGAAGAGCUGGAUGAGCUACGGAAACCCGCCACUGAGCAAUGGGUUGCUCUCAAUAAGAAGGCGUUGAAUGUGCGAGCACAGAAUUCCAUUGUACAGGACAGAGAGGCGGAAAAGGUCAAGGAACAGGUUGUGCUGUUUGAAAAGAAGCUCCGUGAAGAGGCACAAGAAUUCAAGCAAAAAAAGCUUUUUGGUUAUCCGGUUGAUCGUCGUACUGUCUACGAUGACCUGGACGAUGUCUACAAACACUUUACAGGGAUCGAGAAUGAGGCGAAGGAGUUGCAAAAUCUUCAGGAGCUGUUUGACUUAACCUCUUCACAGUUUAAGGAAAUUCGCGAAUGCCGUCAUGAGCUGAUGAUGCUGAAGCAAGUUUGGGACUUGAACGAGCAUGUGAUGUCUCAGUUUAGUGAUUGGAUGAAGUCAACCUUUAAGAAUGCAGAUGUUUCGUUGUUUGAGGACGAGUGUAAAAAGCUUUCCAAGCAGCUUCAACAGCAGCCAAUGAAAGUGAAAUCAUGGGAUUGCUUCAAGGGCGUAGAUGAACAGGUACGAAAUAUGCGAACCUCGUUGCCGUUGUGUCAGUCGUUGAGCUCUCCCUCCAUGCGACUACGACACUGGCAAUUGUUGGUGACAACAACAAAACAACCCGGUAAUAUUGACCCGGAGGCAGGCGAUUUUACGCUAGAGAAACUGUUUGCGCUUGGACUGCACAAGUUCUCGGAGGAGGUCGCAAACAUCGUUGAAAAGGCCGACAAGGAGUUGAGAAUUGAGACAAAUCUUAAUAAAAUUAUUGACAUUUGGGAUAAGAUGGUGUUCACGUACACGUUGGACGAGGACCUCAACACCUACCUUUUGGGCUCUGUGGACGAUGUGGUGGAGCAGCUGGAGAAUGACAACAAUGCUCUUUCUUCCAUGCUUUCAGAUCGUUUUGUGGAGUACUUUUAUGACAAGGUCAUACACUGGCAAAAGAAUCUUGGGGCCGUUGACACCUGCACCGGAAAGUGGGUGGAGAUACAGCGGCAGUGGAUGAAUCUAUUCCCCAUCUUUAUUCGCUCCGCAGACAUCAAAGAACAACUUCCGGAAGAAACCAAUAACUUUGCUGAGGCGGACCGCGUUUUUAGAGCUCUCAUGAGUAAGGCACACAAGUACACCAACGUCAUUGAGGUAAUAUGCAGUGACGUUCUAAAGACUGAUAUGGGGCGAGACGAGGAACUGGAUAGCACGCUAAACUAUAUUCAAGAUAUUUUGGCAAAGUGCGAGAAAGCUUUGGCAGACUACUUGGAAACCAAGAGAAAGAUUUUCCCACGAUUCUUCUUUGUGUCUGCAACAGAUUUGAUUGAUAUCCUCUCCAAGGGUUCAGACCCAAAAGCAGUUAUGGCGCACAUGAGUAAAAUUAUUGACGCUGUUGAUACCUUUACCUUUAGGAAUGAUUCCGAUCCGCACGCGGAUGUAAAGGACACGUAUGGAAUGAUUUCUGUACAAGGGGAAACUGUGAGUCUUGCAGAGGAUUACACUUGUGAAGGUCCCGUUGAGGUCUGGCUUAAUGGGAUCGUUGGUGCCAUGAAGAAAGCGGUAAGAAAGCACAUCAAGGAAGCAAACACAAGUUACAUUGAGAAACCAAGAAAUGAAUGGAUUUAUCAAUAUCCUUGCCAGGCAAUUAUUGUGGCCUCACGUAUUUGGUUUACCACGGAAGUUCAUCAGGCAUUUAUUCAAAUUGAGGAAGGUAAUGAUCUUGGUAUGAAGGAUUGCUUGAAGAACCAAAAAAAUCAGCUUGAUAGCCUUAUUAAGGAGGUCUUGAUAGAUCGCACUUCUAAUGAACGUAAAAUGCUUGUCCACCUAAUCACCAUCGAUGUCCACAAUCGUGACAUUGUGCAGAGUAUGGUGGAUGAACGCACUGACGCCGUGGAUGCCUUUAUUUGGCAAUCCCAGUUACGGUACUACUGGGAUGAAGCUAGAGGAAAUGAGAUUCGUAUUGCCGAUGCGGAAUUUAUUAACGGCUAUGAGUAUAUUGGUCUUUGUGGCUGUCUUGUUAUCACGAAGCUCACGGAUCGUUGCUACAUUACUCUUACACAGGCCCUUCGGCUGAAAAAGGGAGGAGCCCCCGCUGGUCCAGCAGGAACCGGAAAAACAGAGACGACCAAGGAUCUUGCACGAAAUAUGGGUAUUGCGUGUUACGUGUUUAACUGUUCAGAUCAAAUGAACUACAUCACUUUGGGACAAAUUUUCAAGGGUCUUGCUAUGUCUGGUUCUUGGGGUUGCUUCGAUGAGUUCAAUCGGAUUUCCAUUGAGGUUUUAUCCGUCGUUGCUACACAGGUUGGUUCCAUCCUAAAUGCAUUGAAAGAGCAAAAGCAACGGUUCCGCUUUAUGGAUGAGGAAAUCUCGCUUAUCCCCUCCGUGGGUAUGUGGAUCACAAUGAAUCCUGGGUAUGCUGGUCGUACGGAGCUUCCCGAAAACAUUAAAUCUUUGUUCCGGCCCUGCGCCAUGGUGGUUCCAGAUCUCAAAAAUAUUUGCGAGAUCAUGUUGGCCGCUGAGGGAUUUGGCGAUGCGAAGGACCUUGCGCUGAAGUUUGUGACUCUUUAUCGCCUAAACAAGGAACUUCUUUCGCCCCAGGACCACUACGAUUGGGGUUUGCGUGCUGUUAAGUCGGUGUUGUACAUUGCUGGUGCCUUGAAACGUGGUGACCCGGACGUUCCGGAGCGUAAUGUUCUUAUGCGUGCGUUGCGUGAUACCAACAUGGCGAAGCUCAGUAAAGACGAUGUGUACGUGUUUAUGGGACUUAUUCGCUCUCUAUUUCCCAAUUUGGAGGUUCCAAAAAAGAACAAACCCGACCUUGUGGCUGCCUGCAAAGAGGUUUGCCGCGAACAAGGCAAUCUCCCCGGUGAAAACGAUAUCUUUAUUUUGAAGUGUGUGCAGUACGAGGAGCUGCUACACGUUCGUCACUCUGUUUUUGUGUUGGGGCCGGCGGGUUGUGGUAAAACAGAGUGCUGGAGGUGUCUGCAGGGAGCCCUCACCAAAUUACACAAGGAUGAGUGGAAGGCGAAGGCGGUUUCUUCUUGCCUAAAUCCGAAGGCUAUUACCUCCAAUGAGUUGUAUGGUUAUUUUACUCCUAAUAAGGAGUGGCGCGACGGCAUCUUGUCUUCAAUAUUCCGUGAAUACGCCUUGGAAUCAAAGAAGAAGCGCAACAUGAAGUGGAUGGUGCUUGAUGGUAUUAUCGAUGCCGAGUGGAUUGAGUCCAUGAAUACCGUGAUGGAUGAUAAUAAGAUGUUGACGCUGGUGUCGAACGAACGUAUCCCACUGACAGACUCGAUGCGAAUGAUAUUUGAGGUGUCCCACUUACGCAAUGCCUCACCGGCUACUGUUUCGCGUGCGGGUGUUGUCUUUAUUAACGAGAGUGACCUCAGUUGGGGUCCUUUUAAGGACAAAUGGAUCGCCACACGAGACAAACGUGAGGGGACUAUGUUUGAUAGCCUCUUUGACAAGUAUGUCCCGUUUGUUUUUGAGUUCUGGAAGCGCAGCAUGAGGCCGAUAGUGUCUAUUAUGGACAUAAAUGUGGUGCAGACCAUUUGCUUUAUCUUGGAGGGUAUUUUUGCUCAAAUGCCCCAAGAAGAACUUUUCAAGCACCCAAAUAUUUUUGAGGUACAUGAAAAGUAUUUUGUUUUUGCCGUUAUUUGGGCUUUUGGUGGCCCGUUGCCAGGCUCGGAUGGGCGCAUUGACAUGCGGAUGAACUUCUCUAACCAGUGGAAGAAGGAAUUCCCGAAUAUGAAGAUCAGCGAUGUGGGGUCGGUGUUUGACUUCUACGUGGACAAGAUCAAGGACGAAAAUGGCAUCUUUCAAUACGAGUGGAGACCGUGGAGCGAUCUCGUUCAGCCGUAUGUUCCUGACCCCGACAGGCAACUCUCCACCGUGUCCGUGCAGACAGCUGAUGGUGUACGUAUGUCGCAUCUAAUGAGUUUGCUAGUGGACAAUGCCAAAUCUGUCAUGCUUGUUGGAACAGCAGGUACAGGCAAGACAAAUUUGAUCAUGUCGAAGUUGCGUUCACUGGACAGUGAACAUGUCUUAUUUCGUGUCAUUUCCUUCAACGCCCGUACCUCUUCAAGUGGUCUUCAGGCUGUGAUGGAGCAGUCAUUGGAGAAGCGCUCUGGACGAACAUAUGGUCCAUUUAACCGUAAAAAAUUGGUCUUCUUCAUGGAUGACAUGAACAUGCCUGCCCUCGACAAAUACGGCACACAGGAGGCUAUCGCCCUCCUUCAACAGCACGUCAACUACGGUUUCUGGUACGACCGCGUAAAGAUUAUACAGAAGGAGGUGGUGGAUCUUCGCUACGUUGGUGCCAUGAACCCCAAAUCCGGGACAUUCACCAUUUUGGAUCGUCUUUUAAGACAUUUUGCGGUCUUUUCCACAAACAUGCCUGAAAGAACAGACCUGAUUAGCAUUUAUGGACAAAUUCUUCAAGCGCAUACACGUAAGUUUACACGGGAUAUUCGUGACACAAUGACGACACUUAUUACCAAUGCCACUAUUGAGCUGCAUUACUUGGUUUCCAAACAGUUUUUCCCAACCGCCAUCAAAUUUCACUAUCAAUGGAAUAUGCGUGAAAUGUUUAACAUUUUCCAGGGACUGUGUAAAUCGCACCCGAAACUCCAUACUACAACAGGGCAGUUUGCACGGCUUUGGGUUCAUGAGUGUAAUCGUACCUUCCGUGAUCGCAUGGCAGAUGCGGGUGACUUGGCCCGUUACCAUACAUUACUUUUUGAAGUCAUUGGUCGUGCUGGAUUCCCUGACUGCAAUCCAAAGGAGUUGUCACAGGAGUCAUCGCUUUGGGGGCCCUUCCAUACCACUCCAGAGGGAGAAGAGAAUGUGUAUGAGGAAGCCGCCCUUGAUGCCGUGCAAUCCUUUUUAGUCAAAAAGUUGGAUGAAUACAAUGACAACUAUGCUCGUAUGGAUCUUGUAUUAUUCAACCAGGCUGUGGAGCACAUUUGCCGUAUUGCACGUAUCACUUCUAACCCACGUGGUAAUGCACUGUUAGUGGGUGUUGGAGGUUCUGGUAAGCAAUCUCUUGCGCGACUCUCAUCCUUUAUCAAUGGUCACGACAUUUUUCAGAUUUUGGUGACAAGCAGCUAUGGUAUUGCCGAUUUCCGUACGGAUAUGCAAGAACUGUAUCGCAAGUGUGGUUUGAAGGGUUAUCCCUUUGCAUUCAUCAUUACCGACACCCAGAUUGUCUCGCAAGAUAUGUUGGUGUAUCUUAACGACAUGCUUUCCAGUGGCAAUGUUCCUGAGUUGUUUAACCAAGAUGAACGAGACGGUGUUAUUAGCUCCAUCAUGAACGAAGUCAAGGCGGUUGGUUACACAGACUACUCAAACCCUGAUGUAUGCUGGGAAUAUUUCAUCAACAAGGUGCGAACCAAUCUGCAUAUUAUCUUGUGUUUUUCGCCCGUGAGCAAAAAUUUUGCGACUUGGUGUCGGCAAUUUCCUGCGCUUGCCAAUACGACUGUGAUUGAUUGGUUCUUGCGUUGGCCAGAGGAGGCGUUGCGGUCUGUCGCGCGGAGGUUCUUGUCGGAAAUUGAGUUGGGAAGCCCGGAAGUGACGCAAAACAUCGCGGAUUUUAUGGCCUUCUGCCAAGAAAAGGUCACAGCGACAUGUGAGGAGUAUCUUCUUCAAGAGAAGCGGCACGCGUACACUACUCCUAAGUCUUUCCUGGAGCUGAUUGCCUUUUAUAAAGAAUUGCUUAGGAAGAAGCGUGACGAUCUGAAUGACAGGGAGGGGCGCUUGGUUAGCGGUAUUGCCAAGAUUAAGGAGGCUGGGACUCAGGUGGCGGCACUACAGGAGGUUCUACAGAGGGAAAGUGUCGAGGUUGAGGAGGCACGGCAAAAGACUGCAGCCCUGAUGGAGACGGUGGGGAGGGAAAAGACUAUUGUGGAGGAGCAGGGCGCAAUUGCCGCUAAAGAAGAAGAAAAGACGAACAAAAUUGUCGCUGAGGUGGGCGUCUUUGAAAGUCAGUGUGCUGAAGAUUUAGCAAAGGCAAAGCCAUUGGUAGAAGAGGCUCUUGCUGCCCUUGAUACGCUUGAUAAGGCCUCUAUUGCGGAGCUCAAGAAUUUGGGCAAACCCCCCGUGGAUGUGCAAAUGGUUGCCAUAUGUGUUCGGGUUCUUACCUCUAAUCCUCGUGCAAUUCCCUCAGUGAAGAAUCGGACCUGGGCGGAGUGCAAAAAGAUGAUGAAUCAAGUGGAUCGUUUCUUAGCCGAGUUAAAAGGGUUUGAUGUGAACAACAUCCCGCAAGUGUGCAUCGAUCAAAUUCAAAUAUACAUUACAAAUCCUGGCUUUGAUCCCGAAAAGAUUAAAACGAAAUCGUUUGCUGCGGCUGGCUUGUGUAAGUGGGCCAUUGGUAUCAACAAGUACCAUUUGGUGCGUUGUGAGGUUCGUCCUAAGGAGGAGAGGCUGGCGGAGGCCCAAGAGCGCUUGCAUCAAAGUAAAUCCGCCUUAAAGAAGAUUCAAGACAAGGUUGCGGAUCUGAACGCCAAACUUGGAGCCCUUAUAUCUCAAUACAAUGAUGCGGUGGAAGCCGCAAACGCCAUUGAACAAAAGGCAAAGAAAACACAACUGAAAAUGGAUCUUGCUCAACGUCUUGUGUCUGGUUUGUCCGAUGAAACUGUCCGCUGGGGUAACACCAUUGAACAGCUUCAGGUCGCCAGCAAACUUUUGGUGGGGGAUGUUCUUUUGGGAGCCUCGUUUGUGUCAUAUAUUGGUCCCUUUUCAAAGGCUUUCCGUGAGCGCAUCGUGACUGAGGAUUGGGUGCCAAAGGUGAAGGAGCUGGGGAUUCCCAUGACUGAGAACCUUGAUAUUACCAUGAAUGUUCUCACAACAGAGGCGACGGUUGCGUCGUGGAACAAUGAGGGUCUCCCUUCCGACAUGGUAUCUACGGAGAAUGGCGCUAUUUUAACAAACUGCACCCGAUGGCCUUUGCUGAUUGAUCCGCAACUUCAGGGUAUUAAAUGGAUUCGAACGCGUGAGGAAAAGAACGGACUGAAGGUCAUUCAAACAACACAAAAGGGGUGGCAACGAACACUUCAGACAUGCAUUGAAGAGGGACUUCCAUGUGUGAUUGAAUCCUUGGGCGAGUUUAUUGAACCUGUCUUGGAUGGCGUGCUGAGUCGACAGACGUUUAAGAAGGGAGGUCGUGUCUAUAUCAAAUUGGGUGCAACAGAAGUGGAGUAUAAUAACAAAUUCCGUUUGGUUCUGCAGACAAAACUUGGCAAUCCGGCGUAUGGUCCUGAGGUGAAUGCUCAAACCACGUUAAUUAAUUUUAUGGUCACCGAAGCCGGUCUUGAAGAUCAGUUGCUUGCCGUCGUUGUGAAUCAAGAGCGACCAGACCUUGAAAAGAAGCGAGGAACUUUGCUUCGUCAGAUGAAUACCAUGACCAUUGAACUGCAGAAUUGUGAAGAUGGCCUUCUCUAUGAGCUAACAAACGCCAAAGGUGAUAUUUUGGAAAACGCUGUGUUGAUUGAGAAUCUUGAGAACACAAAGAAGAAGGCGAAGGAAAUUAAUAUUUCUUUUGCACAAGCCGUUGCGACGCAGAAGGAUAUUGCUCAAAAUCGUUUGACGUACACCUCAGUGGCUGUGCGUGGGGCAUUGUUGUUUUUUCAAAUUGAUCAGCUGUGGAAGAUUGAUCACAUGUACCAGUACUCUUUGGAGGCCUUUAUGGUGGUCUUCAACAAGGCCCUAAAGAAGGCUGUGCAUCCUGAGGAAAAGAGGGAUGUUAAAGCACGUGUGGAGAAUGUGCUUCAGUCGAUUAUGGAGUGUGUAUUUGCAUACGUUUCACGUGGUUUGUUUGAGCGACACAAACUUAUUUUGUCCAGUUUACUGACUUUUGCGAUUCUCCAACGCCAUGGGGGUAUUGACGUGAAGCAGCUUGAUUUUCUCCUGCGUGGAAAAAAGAAAUUGGGUGUACCACGCCCCGAAACUGUUUUGGAGUGGUGCCCCGAACCCAACUGGGCGGCUGUGCAGGCGCUUGCUGAUGUUGAAGGAUCGGUACCGCCAUUUAACAUUCUACCAAGUGAUAUGGCAGAAAGUAAUCGCUGGAGACAAUGGACAGAGACGGAGAAGCCUGAGUUGGAAAAAAUGCCCUCGGAAUGGAAGAAUUUGACACAAUUCCAACGUUUACUCGUACUGCGUUGCCUACGCCCAGACCGCCUGACUGCUGCCUUGGAGACUUUUGUGUGCGACAGCAUUGGACGCUUCUUUGUCUCUGACCAAACUGUAGACAUUUCUGUGUCUAUUUCGGAGUCUACCACGACAACGCCACUAUUCUUUAUUCUUUCCCCUGGUGUGGACCCUGUGCGUGCCGUUGAGGAGGCUGGCCGGAAACUGGGUUACACGUAUGACAACGAAAAACUCUAUAACGUCUCACUUGGUCAAGGCCAGGAAAUUGUGGCUGAUCGUGCACUGGAGAAGUGCUUCCUUGAAGGCGGAUGGGCGCUGCUGAACAAUAUUCAUCUAGUUCAGAAAUGGCUUCAAACCUUGGAGCGGCGUCUGGAUAACUACGCGGAGAUUUACACUCGAGUGGCUCAACAGAAAAAGGAGCGGGAUGAAAAACGCGCCGCCGCGAAUAAAAUUUUGCAUCAGCCAGACGUUGACGGAGAAUUGGCGGAUAAAUUGUCCUCCAGAGAGAAUUCUAGGUCAUCCAUUCCAGAGGGCAGCUUGGUAGGCGAGGAGGAGCUGGAGGUGUCGACACGAGAUGGAGAUGAGGAAAGCCAAAAAGGUGAGGCUGACGUUAGCAAUGAUGAGGCGCAAAAUGAAGAUGAAGAUGACGAUGAUGAUAUCCCAUUCGAGGGUCCAAAGGGGCAUCCGGAAUUCCGUGUGUUUUUGAGCGCUGAGCCCUCCGACGUGAUUCCUAUUGGUAUCCUCCAGCGUUCCAUUAAACUCACCUCUGAACCACCGACGGGUAUUCGAUCCAACAUUGUUCGAGCGAUGACAAAUUUUAACGACGAGCCCUGGGAGAGGAGUGCAAAGCCGAUGGAAUUUCGUUGCAUCAUGUUUUCCAUGUGUUUCUUCCAUUCGGUGGUUGUGGAACGCAAAAAAUUUGGUCCGCUGGGGUGGAAUCGGGUGUAUCCUUUCAACGCGGGUGACUUGACCACAUGCAUGGAGGUGGCGGCAAACUACAUUGAGGACCGUCCAAAGGUACCAUGGGAGGACUUACGGUACGUCUUUGGUGAAAUUAUGUACGGGGGGCACAUCACAGACGACUGGGAUCGUGUGUUAUGCAUGGCGUAUCUUCGAACUUUUGUCGUACCGGAGUGUUUUGAUAACCUUCAACUGGCACCUGGAUUGGAAGUGCCUGCACCGAUGAGCUAUAAUGAAUAUAUGGAUUGGCUAAUCAACAGGGAAGAUUUUCCACAAGAGUCACCUCUACUUUUUGGUCUUCAUCCGAAUGCUGAGAUUAACUACCGAACAGUUCAGGCAGAUGUUUUGUUCCGGACGAUUAAUGAGUUGCAACCAAAACAGCACACUGGAGGUGACAUGCUAAGUGCUCAGGACGUUGUGCAGCAAAAGAUUGAUGAACUGCGUGAACGUCUUCCUGAGCCACACAAUCUUCAGGAUUUGGCAGAGCGGCUGGAAGAUGAGCGUACUCCGCAACAACACGUGUUUUAUCAGGAGUGUGAACGCAUGAAUCUUCUUAUUAUUGUCCUAAAAACCACUCUUGAAGAGCUGGAUCUUGGUCUUAAGGGUGCCCUCUCAAUGUCGGCGGCUAUGCAGGUCUUGUUUGACGAGAUUUUUCUGGACAAGCUUCCUGCGGCUUGGGAGAAAGUUUCAUUCCUUUCCCUACGCGCACUUGGGUCAUGGUUGGAAAACUUCCUUGUCCGAAAUGAUCAACUGGUAAACUGGACAGGGGAGUUGCAGACACCCAGGGUAACGAACAUUGCUCUCUUUUUUAAUCCCAUGUCGUUCCUCACGGCUAUCAUGCAGACGACCUCGAUGAUUAACAGCUUUGACCUUGACCAGAUGUCGCUGGUAAUUGAUGUCCUAAAGAAGUCUGCGGAUCAGAUUGAGACGAGCGCCCGUGAUGGAUGCCACGUUACUGGUCUCUCCAUGGAGGGGGCCCGCUGGGAUACUGGGCUGGCAUGCAUUGAGGAAAGCAGAAUGAAGGAGCUCUACCCCAAGAUGCCCAUCAUGACAGUGCGCUCCCUGCCCCUGGCCAAGAUUGACCGCCGUGAUCAGUACGAGUGUCCGGUCUACAAAACACAACAGCGUGGACCCGGUUUUGUGGUUGGCUUCUGGCUUAGGACGAAGCAGCCAGCAAGGAAAUGGACAAUUGCUGGAGUUGGUCUUAUCCUUGAUGUCGUCGAGUAG